AUGUCUUCAAAGCCGAGGCGAAGCACUCGAAAAUCCGAAAAGUUCGAGGGUGUUGACGAAGCAGAGUAUGUCUCUUCUGGUCGGAAGCGUAAAACUCCUCAGCAACUCGAACCCGAAGCUGGAACCAAAACGAAAUUGACAGCGCAAGGAAAACAGGGCUCACUGGAAUGGUAUCUCAGUAGUGACAAGAGUCCUUUGUGUAAUCUUGGCCUCAAUAAAGUUAUCAACGGAGACACUUGGUUCUGCCUUUCCUCAGAAGAUCGUCAAGCGUUGUUCAAUCUUCUCCCUCCUACUGCAUCUCCGUCGUAUAAUGCAACUUUGCCACACUAUCAUCCCUCCAUAGUUGGUACACAAGAGACUGGUAAAGGCGUCGAUGGAGAAGAAAGCAUGGAACUCGAUGUGCAAGAUGUAGAUGUUCUGCCGUUCCUCACUUCGUCAGCUCUCGCAACUGCUCUUACGACAUUUCAAGAUCACCUUUAUUCUGGAUGGUACACCAAAAAGCAUGUCGAGAAUGUCGAGCGUUAUCAAUCUGGUAUACAAACCGGGACAAUCCGUGCUACGUGGAAGGACGAGGCCUGGGAAGAAGCGCAAACAGCAGAGCGUGUAGAAUCAGAGGCAAGGCCUCGAGGCACGAGCCACACCCUUGGGAAAAUGCUUUCUCGCGGAAUACUUUCUAUCGGAGAUGUCUUGAGCUACCGUCGCGUGUUCCCGGAAACCGGAAUCAAGGUCGAAAAGGACGUUUUGAUCGAAAGCAGUUCCUCAUCGAACACUCUCACUGUUGUCGCACAGAGCGGUACCGAAACUCAACUACCGCUUGGAAUGCUCAUGCGGAACCCGUUGCCACCCACUGGAGGAGGCUCGUUGCAGCAGAUGUAUAUCCAAUCACCCGAAGAAUUGGAACAGGUCCUCCUCGAGAUGGAUGGCCGAGUUCCUGUCGCAAAGAUAAGCGGGGGAAAUAGUUGGAAGAAGUUUUCUCUAUGGAAGUUGAAGGACCAGCCAGCGGAUGAUUUCGCAGCUCACACUCAGCCGCGUGGACCCCGAGAGAACAGAGGACGCUGUUUUAUCUUCGGGGUGCAUUCCCACCUUAGAUAUGAUUACGAGGCUGUUGGUAUUGAUAGCAAGGAAGACGCGACUCGAAUACAAGGAGUGUAA